AUGGGUAACAAAGACAGGAAAUUUUGUGUUUCGUGUUCGAGUGUCGGCUCAUUUGUUAAAGAUGGAUUCUCAAAUUGGAAAAAGAAAGAAUAUAUUAGAAAACACAUUGGGGUUUCAAGUAGUGCACACAAUCAAGCUCGGGUCAAAUACGAAGUGUUCAAGAAUAAAAAACAAAGCAUUCGAACCUAUCUCGUUAAGCAAUCACAUCAAGCUCGAACAGAUUAUCGGAUUCGAUUGAAUGCGUCUAUUGAUUGUAUUAAGGCCGUUGCUUUUACGAAUACACUCGAGAAUUCCAAAUUAACAUCACCAAGAGUGCAAAAAGAUAUCGUGAGUGCUAUUACUUCUGAAUGUCUACAUGUGAUUAUCAAAUAUGUUCGUGAUAGUUUCUUCUCAAUUCUAGUUUAUGAAUCUCAAAACAUUUCAGUGAAGGAGCAAAAGUUAGUUGUCGUUCGUUAUGUGAAGAAUGGGGGUGUAUUGGAACAUUUUAUUGGUAUCAUUCAUGUUUCAAGUACUACAGUUGCCUCACUUAAGGCUGUAAUUGAUCAAUUAUUCUCAAUACAUAGCUUAAACAUAUCUAAUUUGAGAGGUCAAUGA